CGGGCGCAGGGGGGUGGUCGGCGUGUGCGGACUACGCCAUGCAUGGUGCCAAGCGGAUGAAGGUGUCAUCAGGCGGGGCCGUGGUGACGGCUGUGGCCGAAGAGAACGAGCAGACGAGGAGUGCGGCCAGGAGCCAAGGCGGUGGUGAGCCGGGGACGGCGGGUCCGAGCGUGGCGCGUACGACGGCAAGUGCAAGCGUGGCAAGCACGGCAGCUGCAACUGGACGUGGCUCUGCAACAGCGAGCACGGGGGCAGGCACGGUGGGCGCAAGCGACGAUAGCGAGUCCGAGGUGGGGGUCGGGGAGGACGUCGGGCUCGGGGUGGCCGCCGGCUCGAGUUCGGGCGCGGGCGUCCUCGACGAGGCGGUCAUGGAUCCGAGCCAGUUUCCCGAGCUGGACGGCGAGUUUGAUGUGCUGCACCGGAUCGGGCAAGGCACGUUUUCGACGGUGUACAAGGCGCGGCACCGCGGGACCGGGCUGGUGGUGGCGUUGAAGCGGAUCCGGGCGACGACGGCGCCGUGGCGGACGUUCAACGAGCUUGGGUACCUCAUCCACUUUGGCGGCCGCGAGUACGUGACCAACGUGCACAAGUGUUUGCGACGCGAGGACCAGGUGACGCUCAUUCUACCGUACUUUGAGCACAGGCCUUUCUACAAGUACGUGUCGUCGAUGACGCUCCACGAGGUGGCGGUGUACAUGAAGGCGUUGAUGGUGGCGCUGCGCUACAUCCACACCGAGAACGUGCUGCACCGCGAUGUCAAGCCGUCGAACUUUCUGCACAACCCAGAGACCGGUCAGUUUAUGCUCAUCGACUUUGGCCUAGCGGACCUGGCGUCUGUCUCCGAGGACGCCCAUAAGGGCAACGUGCUCCUGGCCAAGAUUGCGACCAACAUGCAGCGGGCAAAGCUCAACCGGGUCGCCGCUGCCACCAAAGAGUACGAGCGCGAGGCGGCAAAGAGGUCGGCGCGGUCGUCCAAGCGCAAGCGCUCGCUGACGCGCGCGGCGCGGGAGGCGACGCAGGCAAGCGGUGCGAGCACGGCAAGCACAGCGUCCAGCUCGAGCGCGAGUGGGGCGAGCAAAGCGACCGGGCCGAUCAUGCUCGGCCACGAGCGGCUGGCACAGCUGCAGGCGCAGGGCAACGACCGAAAGCGGGCGCGUGUGGCGGCGCGGGCCGGCACCCGCGGCUUUCGCGCGCCCGAGGUCCUGCUGCGGGUGGAGGAGCAGACGACGGCCAUCGACGUGUGGUCGGCCGGCGUCAUCCUCCUCUGCAUGCUCCUCCGCAAAUACCCGGUCUUCCACUCGCCGGACGACUUGACCGCCCUCUGCGAGAUCACGCUGUUUUGUGGCUCGCGCGAGAUGGUGGCGGCGGCGGCGGCCAUGAACCGGGUCUUCCGCCCCGAAUCGCUCCACCCGCGAGUUGACCUCAAGGACCUUGUUGUCCGGUGCGUGCCCGACUUUGGCGCGCCCGAGCUUGCGCGCCAGCUCGACGACGCCAUCCAGCUGCUCGAGGCCUGCCUCGAGCUGGAUCCAGCGCGGAGGGUGACUGCCGCCGACGCGCUCGACCUCCCAUUCCUCGCCAACGUGGAGGCACCGCCUCUACCGCCUGACUAGUGCAUGGCGUUUACCUGUACGGACGCUUCGUCAGAGGCGGAAGAAAAGCGACAUGAGCGAAGCCAUCGAGCACACGCCGACGACCCUGGUGGCGUCGUCGACGACCCAGAGGCGCGAGACGACGUGGGUGCUAAAGAGCUCGAGCGCCGCGCGGAGGCUCGUGGUCUUGGAGACAAAGACCGGCUCGCGGAGCCGGCCGUGGAGCUCUAGAAAGUCGAGGAUCGGCAGCGAGAGGACCUUAAAGUUGGCGGCGGU